AUGAAGCCUGGAACCUGUGGCUACUUUGACAAGUCCGGCUUCUGGUCCAAACUAUUCGAUCUAAAUGACUCAUCCUCCCUCUUGAAACACAGUCUUGGUGACGCGCAGGACACGAAUUCAGAGCUUCGAGACAAUGGCAUAACUUGGGAUCCCAAGGUAUCUCGUGGAACCUCCAAAAUCGACGUCGGACUUGAGGCAGGGGUCAACACGGGACUGCCAGUUGACAUCGCGGCCAAAUUGAAGGUGGCAACAUCAACAGAUUUUGGGGCCGUUUUGGUGACGACUCCUAACAUCCACCAUCACCGCGUCUACCAAGAAUCCGAUAUUCGGCCUUGGUGGUCUCGCAACAAGAGAAAGCUCUUGCAGGCGAAUUUCAAGUAUGAGGUUGCACGAUAUGGCCUCUUCAUCGUCACCGGCACUUACACCACCACUAACUGCUCCAUUACUGCUUGGUCAGACACCUCCAGUGACGUCUAUCUUGGAUUCGAAGCGGAUGUUACUGGGCUCCCAGCGGGGGUUAGAGUGCAUGGGGGAUGGGUUCUGGGGGGCAGCGCCAGCGGAUGGAACCACUAUGAUGCACCGGUCUUCACCUCGAUAAAGACGGACAACAACAUGAGAGCGUAUGACGAAGACAACCAGGCCGCUGUGGAAGACCAGACUGCCCGGGUUGGCGAUCUUGACUUUGUAUGCGAACGAGUUGCCGAACGCGACGAGACCAAAGAGGACAAAACUUCGAGGGAGCCAUCCAAAUGGGCUGUUUUAGUCGGCAUCAAUGACUACAUCAACCCCAAGGAUGAUACAAGGCCCCCUAUCCAGAACCUGAGAGGCUGCGUCGCGGACGUCGAUGCAAUGUGGACAUACUUCAAAGAAACUCUGGGCAUGGAUGACGAGCACAUUUCAAUACUCACAGCUCCGUUUCUGGCAAAGGCAAGGAGCAAGUCGCCUACAAAGCAAAACAUCGUCGGUGCAAUUAAAGAGACGUGUGGCAAAGCGUCGCCGAAGGAUCUAGUCUACAUCCACUUCUCUGGACACGGAGCUCGCUUGAAGCAGGACGGAGGGACAUACGUCCUCGUACCUACGGAUGUCAAGGAGAAGACGGGCGGGGUUCUGAAAGCAACCGAACUCAAGGACCUCCUGCGACAGAUGCUGGAGAAGGAGCUUAUUGUAACCGUUGUUCUCGACUGUUGUCACUCAAGCGGGAUCUCGCAUGGUGACCGUAGCCACGAGACUUCUCCCCGAGAAGAAGGCGGAGGAGAUAAUGUUGCAGUUCGCGGUCUUGACGAUUUGGAGAGCAUACUUUGGGACGGAGAAAAUACAGACAGUGAAACCCAGGCCGGCGAGGCUGCGGACUUUGAUCACGGCCAGGGACUUGGUGGCAAUGAUGAGCAGGGUAGGUCUCUGUCGAUGGCUGAUCACUGGCUUGUCCCGUCUGGCGGAGAAUAUACAGUGAUUGCUGCAUGUCGCGAGCUUGAAAAGGCCUAUGAGGUGAAAUCCGAAAAGGGUAAUUGGCAAGGUGUCCUGACGCUCUGCAUUGAUCGUCUCCUCAGGAAUACAGAUGCGCUUGUCCACGGCCUGCCGGGUCUCUCGUACUGGCGGCUACAGUGGCACAUUGCUGAGGCAGUGCAGCUGCAGCUGGGGGGUUCUCGUCAGCAGAAUGUCUUGAUAAAAGGUGCCAUGGAUCGUGCCUUCUUUGGAGAUUCGGAACUAGAGGUAUUGGAUGCGCCUGUGAUCAUCGAGCUCAACAAGCCCGUUGAUCACGGGAACAGGGUGCGGUUGAGUACCUCAAAGUAUCUCGGUGCUAGGGUUGGGUCAACGUUUGAUAUCUACCCCCUGACAACCGUGGGUGCAGGCGAGAAAGGGCAGCCUUUGGACCGCUUGGCUGUCUGCACAAUCAAAUCGGCAAAGGACCUCAAGGAUGGAAAUGCCGAUGCCAUUUGGACCGAAAUAUCGACCGGCAGUGAAAAGCAGAUCAUUGUAGGGUGUCCUGCAGUCCCUCAAGAUGAGAUUUUCGUGCGACUUGUCAAGAAAGCCACAGGGCACUCUGUCGAAGUAGAGGCUGCGGAUCAUGAAGCAAUCCGAGAAGCCUGGAGAAGUUCUACAUCCAGGUACGCAAAGCUAGUCAGUGACGACUUUAAGGGGCCUACCUGCGUGCAAGUCGCAGUCGACGAAGAGAAGCCUGAGUAUCAAAUUUUCGACAGAAAAGGAGAAGUCGUCUCGACACUUGCCUUCCGCCCCCAGGAUGAGACAGCGCCGGUGGCUCUCGUCAACCACACCAUGCACCUCGCAAGAUUCUAUUCCGCAUUCGAGAUGAGCACCAGUUCGCAGGGCAAAGCGCUUGUGAAAAUGCGUGUGCUGGGAGAGAUCUCGCCCAACGGUGAAGAAAGUACUCAACCUAUUCACACAGUAAAUCUCAAAGAAGCACCACAUGUUCCAGACUAUGUCAAGCCGUGGAAUGAAAUCGAGGCAGACGGCACUAUUAUAUUUCGACCAGGGAACAUCAUAGCGCUUGCUAUUGACAAUGUCACAGAUGAGACGGUGCAUGUCGCCUUGAUAUGCCUAGACAUGUCAAAUUGGUCCAUCAUCCCUGUUCAUCCGAAGCCCAGGUCGGGCAACACGGGUCGGCUGGACGUCCCAGUCACACUUAACCCUGGACACCGGGUACUGCUUCCAAUCAGGUAUGAAACCCCGAAAGGAGCCUCGAAGCAAUCAGAGGCACACAAAGAGAUGCUCAAAGUCAUUGCCGCAACGUCGCCGAGGGACUUCAAUGCCCUCCUACUCCCUCCCAUCGAGGAAACAGGUCGGGGAGGCAAUGGUGAAAGCUCAGAAGGAGGUUUCUGGGGUCUCUUUGAAGAUAUUUUAGAGCAAGACCGGCCAUUGACAGCUGGAAGUUUGCGCAAGACUGUCAAAUUUGACAUCAAACAACAAGUUGUCAAGGUGGUGCCGGUAUCUGAUGAGAGUGCAAAUGAGAGCGCAAAGGGCAUGGAUUGGGAUGCCGCACUUGGUUAUUAG